AUGGAGGAGACUUCUAUGGAGAACGGUGUAACGCCGAAGAUAUCUAAACACGGAAAAGCUUGUGUCAAUUGUGCAAAAGCUAAGGUGAAAUGCGUAGAAAUGAAUGGUGUUGCUGCUUGCGAAAGAUGCCAUAGAUUCACCAAGGACUGCCAACCAAUCACCAGAAUAAAGAGACGAAAGCAGGUGAAGAGAACCGCAGCUGCGAGAACUGCCGAGCUCGAGCAAAAGCUUGAUGGACUAGUUUCGUUAUUGACUGCAGCUACUCAAGUUCAAAAUACCCCUCCUUCUUCAACGGUAUCAGACCAUACUGAGUCGUCGGAUCCUAGAGAUGAGGCACAGGCUUGCAAGUAUCAGGCUGGAUCAAACGUUAGUAACCCGCCCGCGAGAGGACUGGCAGCUGUCGACCUAAAACUUCCCGCCAAUAGUUCCUACAGUUUGAACUCCAUCCCUGUUCACCCGCCUCUACCAGGACCGGCGGCUGGAAGAUCUCUUCGUGAUAAUAGUGGUGAUUAUUGUGCUACUAAUGUACCCACGACACCUUCACCUACGUCUCUUAUUCCAACUGACAUAGCAUUGUCUCCGAUAGUAGAAGAGAAUGCUCUUUAUUAUUUUCGGACUCAUUCGGUAAGAUACUUACCGUUCAUCAUUAUACCAUCAGAUACGAAUGUCCAGGAAUUCAAGAAAGAGAAUCCAUUUUGGUGGUUGGCUAUUGUAAUGGCUACAGCAAAGAGUACUUCGAGACAAAUCGCAUUGGGUAUACAUAUUCGUCAGCUUUUAGGUCAAAAACUACUUAUUUCUGGCGAGCGCAACCUUGACCUUCUGUGGGGGCUUUUAACUUAUAUUGCAUGGAGCCAAUGUCAUUACCAACAGAGACCAGUGUGGAGUAGCAUGAUUCAACUUGCUAUGGGACUAGCAUUCGAUCUCGGGUUAAACAAAGCACCACAGAAAGAGGCACCGCAUUUGCUCUUGAACUUCGAUGCCCGAGGAUGCCCGAAGCCAUUUAUAUCUGCAGUCGGAUCCCAGCAAGAAAAACGAGCUUUACUUUGCUUAUACUCCCUAAGUUCUAGCUUUUCAUUGUAUGUUCAGAAGAUUGACACUCUCCGAUGGACGACGUACGCAGAUGAAUGCUUAAAGUUACUAUCGGAAAAGCCUGAGUCUCCUCAUGAUAUACUCAUGACCCAAAUUGUGCGCUUACAACUCAUUCAGGAGCGCGUGAAAGACGCUCCGUGGUACGACACAGCAGGCGAUGGGAGUAUCGCUUUCAAAGCACCUGCUAUUUUCCAUUUGAAGGCUUUAAAAAACCAGAUGGAAACAUUCAGACAACAAAUUCCAAAUGAAGCUCGAGAGAACUGUACUUUUUUGAUGCAUCUUUACAACACUGAACUUACGAUCCACGAAGUCGCUCUCUCUAAAGAGCCUCAUACUGAUUUGCCAGAUUCUCAACGUCUAGAAUCCCUUUGCAUCUGUUUUCAAUCUGUCAAAUCAUGGUUUGAACUCUACUUUUCCACACCAUGCAGAGAUCACACAUCAUUUUCUUUCCCAAUUUAUACACACAUGGCGCACUGUAUGGUGGCUCUCUAUCGUCUAUCAGUAUUUGAAGAUCCACAAUGGGAUAUUAAACUUGUGCGUCAACAACUUGAUCUCUCGCUCGUUCUAGGUCAAAUUGUCAAGACUUGGGAGAAUGUCAAAGGUGAAGCUGGACUGGAUGCUGGAUUAAUCAAGGUAGACGAUGUUGAUAUUUACACUUCUAAUGCAAAGAGAAUUGGAUUGAUUAAGACUUGGUGGGAUGCCAAGGUAGCAGGAGAAGCUUCGAGUAAUGUGUCAAGUGACAAGUUUGCGAAUGUAAACGGGGGUGAGAAUGGAAACGGAAAUAUGGGCACGGAAUCUUUACCUCAGACUCAAGGUCAGGGAUUCGAUCUCCCAACAUUUAAUAUGGAUAUGGGAAUGGAGUUAUGGGAUGAUGCAUGGUGGCAGGAUGUUUUUGGUGCGUGGGGAGCUCAGUGUGAUAGUUGA